AAAGCGCUUCCAACAACAUCCAAGAGCUGUCCAAGCAUCCAAGAGACAGGAGAUGGUCGUGAACUUUCUUGAAGUUAGUCGCCAUUUCGCCAUCAAGAAGGAGGGGAUGAAUAGGAAGGGGUCAGCAGUCAGCAAUCAGCAAUGCAGAUGCCCACCAUCUAAAAGCUAGCUAGCUCUGGAAACAUUCAAACAGGAGUCUCUGUAGCAGGAGUAGAUAGAAAGACGAACAAUGAACCUCGCAAGUGGAGAUGACCUCUACAUAAGCGGCUUCUCAGACCGCAUGGACUCUGUGUCCAUCGCCAAGACAAUGAUCUCUGAGGAUCAUGGGCUGGGGGCGACGGGGAAGGCUGAGAUUCGGGUAAGCCCACAUACUACUACUAGAAAGGGAUCACCCACCAGCAGCAAUUCCAGAGGCCAGGGACAGGCCAUCGAGGUUGACUUCUACCGCAACCCCACUAUGCUUUCGAGGAUGAUUCUGUACAACAAGUUCUCGAACGCCAACAAGCGAGUACGUGAUCACCCUCAAGAAGCCAUGGUCUGGGUUUGCUCCAAGCGCAAGACCAAUGCGACGCAAAAGUCUCAGAUCCACAGCAUCUUUGACCGAAGCCAUUCUACCACUAGCUUGACCAGCAGAACCCACCAACAACAACAGUACUCGAGCAACCAACAACACUCGGACUACUCUCUUCGGCAGUUACCCAUCCACAUUGCCUGCUCCUGUCUGGCAUUUACGCAUGAUUCGGUGCUUCGGUCCGAACUGGAACAACUGAUUGUUAGACUGGUUGUGACAUAUCCCGAGGGAUGUGCGGAAUUCGAUCACAGCGGAAGACGACCACUGCACGAAGCUCUGUUCAGUGCUGCAACUGCUGAAACGAUCUCCAUGCUGCUAAUGGCAGAUCCAAAGAGCAUUGAUCAACGCGACAAAUUCGGGAGAACUCCCAUUGAACUCUGCAAUCGCCUUCAGGGUGGACCCAAGGAAGAUAUCAAGGCACUGCUGGAUUUGGGAGUCCAGUACUGGGAACGAGCUCGCGACGAAGCCAAGCUGCGAAUGAAGAUGGCAGUGGUCCCUCCGUCGGGAGCUAGUGUUAGCAGCAGCAUCGUCGCGGGAAGCAGUCAAGCUGAAAAGGAAACCCUUGUUACGACCGCAUCCACCAACAUGCCAACGAAAAAGCAGCAACAGAAUCAGAUCGAAUCGGAAGAGAUUACACCAAUUGCUUGGGAGCAGCUAGAGAGACGGGUAAUCCUUUUGGAACAGCUCUUGGCUGAAAUGUAUGAAAAGAACUAUGAGUUGGCAGGGGCAGUCGAACAGCUCAAAAAGGCAAAACAAGCACUGACUGUCAAACUAGAGAUUGCUCGAACGCAGCCAUCGAGCCUCCGACAAAGAGGUUCUUGGCAUUCGCGAGGGGGUGGUUCACUCAAGUCGGCUUCCAGGUCCAUCGAAACUCUUUCCGUAGACACCAUUCCGGAAGAUGAUGAAGAAAGCAUCGCCGAGAUGAUUGAUCAAGUAGAAUCGGUCGUGGGGUCCUACCAUAGCAGCAAGUACCAACCCACCACGGCCGGAGGAAGUGGGGUUUCGGAAAUCUCCUCGUUUUCAUCCCAUACAGGUGGACAGGGGGAUAGCGUCAUUCCCUGUCCGCCGGAUUUUGCUCGAUCAGAAAGCUUGGUUUCAGGGCUCACCGAAGCAAGUUUCUUCGAUGCAUCCAUCUAUGCAGUAAGGGACCCAGCGAAUACUAGUUCCGCUGACAGUGAUUCGAGAUUCGGGACGGCAAGUCUCCUCGGGACGGACAACUUGAAUGAAAUGUUCCAAGCUGCCCAGAAGACUGUCCGAAAACCGUGGUCUUCGCCAGUGGCGUCCUCCACAUUUCUGCCCUCGGGUGGCCAUCAACACACAACAACCCCCAUGGUGGUGGAAGAAGAGGAGGAAGAGUUUGCACUUGGUGGUGAUGCAGCAAUGGAGGUCGACCGCAGCGCUGGCACAGAGACUUCAGAUAUGCGAAUACCCGACAAUUCCACGUUGGCUACUGACGAGUACGACAGUAGUCACACAGGGAGGGUCUCCCCCGGUGCCGAUGAAGCUUCAAGAGAAACCAUGUCAACACGCGCUCGCGUUAUUGAGAACAGAGUCUUUGGAGGAACGGAAGAGGAUGAUACCAGUGAAAGCGAGAGCACGUCUGCUCCAGACCCUACGCGAUACAAUUAUGACAUUCGUAUUCCAGCCCUCGACUGGGCUUGAGCGGAUUCCUUACAGAAUUGUUGAAGUGAUGUAGCUGGGUGGGCAUUGAUUGCUGAGAAAGUUCUAAGAGUAGAAUGCAAAGAAAGUCUUAGGAUGUUGGUAUACAGUGUCU